AUGGAGGGUCUGCAUUUUAGAAAGAAGGAAUCUGUAAAGAAUCCCGAGGAAGAAGCAGAAUUCUUGGAUGAAGAAGAGCAAGAGAAAUUAUUACAGGAGCUUCGUGAGCAAAAUGAUACAGCAAAUAUGCAUAUUCAGAUUGGCCUCGUCGUUAUUGGAUUACUCGUAGCAGCACUAUUUGGCAGCGUCUUACUACAAAAAUCAAGUAUACCCACCAUCCCAAUAGCAGACAUCUUUGAAUCCACACCCUCAACCUUAAAAUCACCUACUUUUGCUGUAUUCUUCAGCUUGAUAUCAAUUUUUUUGUCGAUUUUGACACUUUUGGGUUCCUCCAGAGUCAAGAUGGCAACGAUACCUCAACUUCCUCUGCGAUACACUGGAUCAGUUGCAAUAGUAACUGGCUUCAUCUCACCUUUAAUGUGCCUUUUCAGUAGUGCUACAUCGAUUGAGCUGUUCUUCUGGGCUAUACCUCUUGUAUUAACGACGAUGUAUUGGUUUGCUUUCCAUAUGAUAAAUCAAGUUUAUCAGGGCCUUGACGAAUUAGAGGGCUCAAAAUACAAAUACAAAGGUGCUUGA